GGAUGUUUCGAUAUGAAGCUCUCCUUCGAAUAAAAGACGGCUCCUUCGUCCAGUACGAAGUAUUAUGGAUGCAAUUAUUGGAAUAAUUGGCGCGGCGUUAGGGCUAUCAUCCUACCAUGAUGCUUUGGCCUUGAUCGACGUUGUUCGGCAUCGUGCAGAGUGCAUUGCGCUGGAUUGGGCUUUGGCUGGGGCCGCCAAGAAAGUUGGGGUUCGGAACUCAAAGCGGCAAGCAAUAAUUUCUUAUUCGCAAUCUCAACGGGCGUGUCCAGAAGGCUUCCCCCCGAUCUCCUCUGAAACUACUCGCCGCACAAUCAAUGUGCCAUGGUCCUGAGGGAGAUGGGAUGGGAAUGGGUGGAAG